CGCAGUCUCUCUCGCUCUCUGCUGUGAUGGUGCCUGUCAGGAUGCGGUCGUGUGUGUUGUCGGUUUUACUCCUGAACGUUUUCUACAGCGUCGUCUCCUCUUUGUACUUCCACAUCGGAGAGACCGAGAAGAAAUGCUUCAUCGAGGAGAUCCCGGACGAGACGAUGAUUAUCGGUAACUACCGCACUCAGCUGUACGACAAACAGCGGGAGGAGUAUCUUCCGGCCACGCAGGGCCUCGGGAUGUUCGUGGAGGUCAAAGAUCCCGACGACAAGGUGACAAACAUAAUGUUAGAAACAUCUCCCUGAUCUCCGGCGUGAGCU